UCAACUUUGUCCUUAAGAGAUUUGACGUAUCUUUAAAAACAACAAAGAUAUUUUAGGUGGCAACGUUAAGUGACUCACCCUGUAUAUAUAAGUUAUAGCUUUCAUAUUUUCUAUAUGAGUGCAAACGAAUAUUUGAUUGAAACUAAAUGUGAUAAACAGGGGAUAUUAUUUUUUCUUCGUGACAUUCACGAAUAACUUGUUAUUCUUUGACAUAUAAACAUAUUUCUUAUAUCAAAAUAGAAAUCAGAAAUGAAUUCCGGUCUUUUUUAAAAUCAAUUUCUAGUGCGCAUGCGUCAGUAUUGUAAUUACUUACUGCAAAUACUAGUCGAUUGUGAGUCAAAGUUGUUAAAAGUGCGUGAGUGUGUAAAACAUAUACAUGUAUCUAUAUAUUUAAUCUUAACUAAGUUUAUAGAUAAAAUUGAUGUUCUUUGAAAACAUCAUAUUUUAUUAAAAUUGUCGUUUAAGUGAUUAUAAGUGAAAUCAUAAUAUUGAUAAGUGGAUUAAUGAAAAGUGAUUAUAAAAACGAUAAUAUUAAAAAUGGAUACUGUUUGGAAAAAUACCAGUGAAGCUUUAAAAAAUUUUGCUGAUAUUUUAGCAUGCAACAAGUGCGGAAAUGAACCAAUUAAUGCUGUAACAUAUACCAAUUGUGGUCAUUUCUUUUGCAAGAAAUGUGUUGAGAAUGAUAUGAUAUGUAUAAAAUGUGGUACACCUGUGCAACCCAUUGAAAUUCAUAGUGAUCAUAUGAUUAAAAGUCUCAUAUCUUACUGUAACAAUAUUGCAAAAAUAAUAGGGGAGAAGAAUUUUCAAAGUACAGCUGUAAAUGUUCUAAAUACUUCUCAAGCACCUUCAACAGAAUUAAUAUUAAAUUCUAAAGUACAUCGAAAACAUAUAGUUCCACAAAAAAAUAUACAUAAAAGAAAUCAGUAUGGUGAAACUGCGUUGCAUAGUGCUUGUUUAAAGAAUAAAAUAGAACAAGUGAGAAUGUUAUUAGCUGUUGGCGCAAACCCAAAUACAAAAGAUAACAAUAAUUGGACUCCAAUACAGGAAGUUGUUUGUAAAGGAUAUACUGCUUUAUGCAAGUUACUUUUAGAAUGUGGUGCAUCGCCUAAUAUACCAGGUGCAGAAAAUAAAACUGCAUUACAUGAAGCAGUAAGAUACAAAAAAUUGGAUGAAGUAAAAUUGCUUUUGCAAUAUUCUGCUAAGAAAGAUGUAUAUGAUAUUCAUGGAAAAAAACCUAUAGACUACUGUGAUCCACAUGAAGAUAGAAUAAGCAACAAUAUAUGGAACAUUUUGAAAGAUGAAACUGAAAUGAAUAACACAUCUACAGUUUUGAAUUAUACUUUGGAUCAUUCAUUUUCUAUUCCACAAUCACUAAAUACAUUUGUUAUAUUUCCAUCAAAUUUACAAGAAACAAAUAAAAAAAGACUGUAUCAGAUGGCUUUGAAACAUAAAAUUAAAAUUGUAACUUCAUUUCGACCAUCCGUAACUCAUGUUGUAAUGGAAGCGAAUAAUCAAAAUAUAGUACAAUUAUCGUAUGAUGUAAUGAUGGCACUUUUGCGUGGAAAUUGGUUGCUUACUAGUGAAUGGUUCCAAAUAGCUAUGGAUGUAGAUGAUAUAUUAACAAUGGAUUUCGAACUGUUUGAAAUUAGUGGUGCACCAAUUAAGGGAAUUCCAAAGAAAGCCAGGGAAAAUGCACAGAAUCAAAAUCCAGCUCUUUUCAAUCAGUGUAAUUUUUAUUUUGCUUUAAAUCCAAAAAGUACUUAUUCUGUAAAUGAAAUGCAGUUAACAAAAGAUGCUUUAGAGAAUCUUGUACGUGAAGGUAAUGGAACAGUCUUGAAAAGGGAACCACAUCCAGAAGAUGUAAAAGACCAGAAACAAAUUAUCCCUUUCCACAUUGCCAAUAGUGUUACUCAUCCUUUAUACAAAUGUACUUAUUAUAUUAUUUAUGUACCAGGAAGAGAUGAGCCACGUGUAAAAUAUAAUAUGCCUCAUAUAAAGACAUUACCGCUUGUAUGGCUAAUUGAAUGCAUAGAAAAAUUUACAUUUGUAGACCCUUCACAUUUAGGUUUAAUGUAAAUAAUUAUAACUUCAAAUUUUAUUCUUCCUUAAACUUCUGUUUUUAUUUAUUGUAACCAUAUAGUUGCGUAUUUUCGUCUUUUGAUAAUUAUACUUCUUUUACAAUACGAUAUUAAACGCGUUAUUAAGUAAAAAUUGUUAUUAUUGCGCAUUUCAAACAACGCUUGAAACAUUAUAAGCACAUGAUCAAAUUUUCCAGAGAUAUUUGCAUUUUGCUUUAUUUUGUAAAAUAGGAAAUAUUUUGAUAUUGUGCUAUGAUUAUGGGGGAUCAACCGUUGCGUAAAGAACGAUAAAUUCCAAAGGGAAAUAUCGUACGGUAUCUCGUACAUUUACGGGUAAAGUACCGCUAGUCGUGCACAUAUACAUCUAUACGUGCACGGUGAGAAAGAGAGAAUGAAAGAAAAAAAAGCUGAAUGGGAGUGAGAGAGAGGUAAAGAGGAAGAACAGUGCGAAGAUG